UGAAUGAUAAAAUUACUUUUUAAACAAUCUUGGUUUUAUUGAACAGAAUAAUAGGAACAAAUAUUAAUAAAUUUUAUAAAAAAGAAAAACUUCAACUAAGAGUUUGAGAUUUGGAUUCGGUGUGCACAUCACAAAACAGAUAAGACUUCCCUGCCCUAGCCACUAACUUAAAAAUAAAAGCCUUCCCUUGUCUUAGUUGUCUACAAGAGAUUUCAUGCCAAUGGUGCAAUGCAAUCUUAUAGAAAGAAAGGCCAUGCAGUUUGCCGACCAAAAUGUCCUUCAUAAGGUACCUUGUUCGUGUAUAACCCACAGAAGCUUAAGGCACAUCUCGGCAACGUGAUCUUCAAAAAAUGUUGCAGUUCUCUUCUUGGGUAGGGCGGAGUUGCAAGAGGCAAUAACUACACAGCUAAGGAUGGCAGGACCAUCCAAUGUCAACUUGACAAUAAUGCGGCUUCUCUACAGUGGAACUAUGACUGGUUACAAUGUGGAGGAGAGACUUGACAAUGACAUGGUGAAUGAAUUCAGGGUCAUGAUCAUAGGAAAUAAUGGGGCAAUGUACAUUGAAAAAGUGGCAAUGGAGGGAUCAGGGGCUGCUUCCACCAUCCUUUCAAUGGAGAGCAACUAUCAACUUAUAGUGGUUGAAAGGUGGCCUGAAAACCUAUCACCACUUAGAUCUGAGUUGACAGAAUGGAAUGAACAUAGAGAGUUGUGGACAGUCGGUGAUUUAUUAGCAUCUACAGAUUUCUUGGAUGAUCCUACAAUCUUGGGGGUGCUGCAACAUUACAUACCUGUAGAAAGGAUGAUGACCAUGAAAUUGCCUUUGAAAUCCUUCUAGACCAUACAGUCCUGUAAAUUAAGAAGCCAGUGAAAAGUCAUUUCAUAGAAAAAUCUUGCAAUCAUUGUCUAAAAUUGAGUAUUUUCCGUGAUAGAUGUAACUGAAAAGUAGGAUAUUCUAGUUUCAAUAUUUCUUACAUUCUGAGGCACAGUACUUUGUGUAUAAAAAUUUCUUGCCAUU